GACGCCAAGACAACUAAUACAGCCAAACAAAAUCAAUAGAAAUCGCGGUUAAAAAAAAUUUUUUGGAAAUGUGUUUCGAAAUUGAUCCAUGUUAUCAUCCAUCCGGUUCGGGAAGGAAGAGAUCAAAAUGAAGAAUUCCACUGCCUCGUAUGACCUAAAUAUCCAGUGAAGUACUACGUUUUAAAAAAAUCUCACAUCACCGGUAUAUCUAUAAUUUUGCAGCAGCAAUUAAUUGUUAAUUAUCGGUUUAACAGUUAUUUACUGUAUAGCUUUCCCUGAAGACUUGAACCGCCACAACAUCAAGUGUAUUUUAAAGACCAAUGUGAUUUGUGACAUAUACAGGACGUUGAAUCUAUAGAUUCCAUCCAGUGAAGUGUUUGAUGACUAGUGAAUCUAUCAAGUUAACUUUGGUGCUCAGUUGUUUCUUUUGUAUUCUGAUGCACCGCAGCCGGCUAGAUGAUAGUGUAGAGUGAUUGACCUGUGACAACAUGGCUAUCACUAAUUUUAGUUGGACUAUCAUGGUACAUGCGGCGCUGCUGGUGUCCAUGUUUGUGUAUGCAUCAGGUUUGGAAGACUUGUAUUCAAACUCGUUCAUAUCGCCGAACUCGGCUUCGGCGGACAAUGACGACGACCAAAAAUCCCAGUUAGGGGACAGGACAUCCGGCCCAAGUGAAAUCCAACACACGGAUCCGAUUAUUAAAGAAACUAUUGCGUCAUAUGCGAGUGAAAUCACGACGAGUUCUUCGAAUCAUGAGCGGGUGGAACGGUCGGCAGACCCUAUCCUUUCAAGGACAGCGGGAAUAGACAACCUUCUGACGUUCAAGAACGUCGACGACUCUUUGGAUAGUAACGACGUGGAGCUGUCGGGGAGGAUCGGCAGCUUUAUACAACCUUCCAGAGCGAAUAAAGAAGAUACUUCGAACGAUGUCCAGCAAACCGCGACGCCUGGUUCGGGGGAAGGGCGAGGGGCUCCGCAGGCCAGAUCACUUCCACUGCAGGAGCCCCAAGAAAUCACCCCCAGUGCGACGAUGACGACGCAGAAUUUUGCUACCCUAUCACACCUACAGGGCAAAGGAAGGCAGGCGAACCCUGACAUCCAAGAUAUCAUCACAGGCAUUGUUAAAUUACUCAAUGGAAAUGUAAACGUGCAAGCGAAUACAGCUCCUGUUAUGGGUAGACCUAUUAGACCAGUUUCAACAAGGAUUAACAAUAGAGGACCUCCUAGGAUAACUGAUGUUCCCGCUUUACCUCCAGAUUUUGAUGUUCCAGCACCUCUGCCACCACCCCCUAUAUUAGGACCUCCCCCGCUGUCCUCAACCAGGCUUCCAACCCCGUAUCCAUUUGAUGUGCCACACUACAAUAAUAUGUCUCCAGUCCGUCCUUUCGGUGGUGGAAGCAGUAUUCCCUUAUCUGAGCAAGUCAUUCCUGGCAGUAAAAGACCUGGUUUCUAUAGACCAAUGACUAUACCGCCUUGGAAUAGAAAACGUCCACCAAACAGAAGGCCUUCAAUACCCACCUAUAAACCUCUACCUCCUUUUCCUUCAGAUAUGGUCAGCUUAACAUCAGAAAAACCCAUGGAAGAUAUUUUAACUUUGGAUUUAGGAUCACACUUGUCUAGCACUGGCGAGGAGGAUAUUAAAGUAGGUGAAUUAGAUGUAGAUAGAAGUAAUGUAACUGAACCAGUAGAAAUUACUACCGAUAUAGUCCUCGAAACAUCAGAGAUUGACCGAGAAAUUAUAGAUUUUGAGAAAAAUAAGGAGAAAGCUACAAAGUUAGAUAAGUACACUAGUAAGACUACCGUGGUCACACCAACAUUUAAUACUGAAACCAGUACAGAAUCAGUUGUACCUUCAAUUGUAGAAAGUUCAACACCACCAACAACUUCAAGUGAAAUAUCGCCUUCUACAUUAAAAAAUUCAUCCCAAGAAAUCGCUCCCUCUCGUAGCAUAUCUGAAGAAAUAGUCUCGACUUCAGUAAACGGUUUCCUAAAUAAAUCAUCUCUUGCGAUGAACACAACCGAAAAGACUGACACCACUUUGGAAUCCUCCUUUCAAGAAAUUAUACAGACUUUGAAAGAAGAUGUUUUGAAUAGUACAUCUACUCUUGCCAGUACUGAAACUGAGAAACUUCCAAAUGUACUCAACACUUCAAGAAUUAUUUCAACUGAGUCCAAAACUGGAGAAACUACUGCUGCUUCGGCUACAAACAAUGACCAAGUAACGCCAUCAAAUCCACCUGGGUUACCAUACUUUUCAUAUCGCCCAAGACCUGGCAUAGUGCUAGAUGACACGGAAUAUAAACCAGGGUUGGGAAACCGACAACCCAUUAUAACUAGGCCUCCAAUUGGACAGAUAGGAGAUAUUUUUGACAUAACAGUUUCUGCAAUUCAAGGACCUGGAGGAAGUUCUGCUGGCCAGGGCAAACCUUACGUAAUACCUGUGGACAUAGAGAAUGUUCACUUAGGAUCAAGUGCUGAUGUAAUAACAAGCUCAGUUGGAGAGGAAGGUUUUGUUUCUAUCGAUGGGAAAAGAACAUAUCUAAAUUUGUUUGGAGAUGCAGUUACUCCCUCUACAUCAGUAGAACCAGCCAUUAAACCAAGUGUCCCUUCAAAUAAUCAAGUUACAGGAACAGGAUACGCAGUAGUUGAAACGGAAAAGACUGUUAAACCAAACAUUGGGUCAGUAAAACCCACCCAGAGGAGGCCUUUGUAUGGAAGACCUAGACCUAGCCAGCCCCCUGUUAGAAUUGACACAUGUAUAGUAGGUGAUGAUUCCACCUGUGACGGAUCACAACACGAGAUCUGUAGGACAGAAUCUGGAGUUAGUGCAUGCCAUUGUAGAGCUGGUACAGCCAGGCGAAAGCAUAGAGAUCCUUGUCGAAAAAUCGUGUCUGUCUUGCUUUCACUUAGAGUAGACAGAUUAUAUGAUAGGAGAGUAGUAUGGGCCACUGAAUUAGGAGAUAAAAAUAGUGAAAGUUAUCAACAGCUGUCGUUUGAGGCUGAAAGAGCGCUGGAGUCUGCAAUGUCCAUGACACCGUUUAGUGAUGAGUUCUUGGCAGCCAAAGUAAACAGCAUAUACAGAGGGAACAGGGCACAGGGACAGGCUGGAGUUUUCGUAAAUUUGACACUACAACUUGACGAAAAUGCCGAUACAGCUCGUCCAACUGUAAGGGGGGAUAUACAAAGGCAUCUUCUUGGAGUCAUUCAGAGAAGAAGCAAUAAUGUUGGUAAUAGCGCAUUAUGGGUUGACAGUCCUCCAGGGUCAGUGUCCAAUUUACAAGAUUUAGAUGAAUGUUCUUCUCCGGAGCUUCACGAUUGUCACGCUUUUGCAAAAUGUAUUAAUGUUUUUGGUGGUUUCAAGUGUGAAUGUGGAGAAGGCUAUAAAGAUCCUUGGGCCGAUAGUAAACACCGUGCCGGAAGACACUGUGAGCAGUGUUCUUCUCAGUACUGCAACAACAGAGGGGAAUGUAAAUACCAGAACGGCCAGGAGGUCUGUGUAUGUUCGGGGAAUUACUAUGGUAAUCAGUGUGAACUUGACGGAGAAGUUUUGGGAGUUGCCAUUGGGGCAAGUGUAGCUGCUGUUAUUAUAAUAGGAUUGACCCUUGUAUGUCUAGUAAUGUGGAGUCGCCGUUGGAGCAGAGAACAAAAGGCUGCAGUUGGCAGCCCUGUUUUCGGAUACAUGGCAACUGCUAGUAACACUGUCAAAGCUCCAGUGGUGGGUGCUCCACCAUACCAGCUGACUCUGGAGGAUAGACUGAGGUGGGCCCAAAUCGCCGAUGUGAUGGCCCAGGCUAACCAUUAUGCUCCCGAACCUGGCCUAACUGCCCCCACUCGUCCAUCUUCGGCUUUGUUCGGUUAUCCAAAUCUUUCGAUGAGUGGCACUCUGCAGCAUCACAGCCAUGGAACUCUACCGCCAGUGCCUCUUCCACGUCUUAACCUUCAAGCUCAGUUGGCCAAUAGGGCCGCCAGUACCCGUGGUAUGAGACCGCUCGACAAUUCCAGUUCGAGCGAAGAAGAAGAUAAGGCUGAUUUGCUGGGAAGAAACUUCCAAGUUCCCAGACCUAAAAGUAGAAGUAAUGCUUCAAUUGCUAACCAAAGUGGCAUCUACUACGAUGUAGAUUAUGAUCAAAAUGAAAUCUACAAACAAACUGGUGGCAUUCCAUUGAGUACAUACAGCAUGGGCAGGCCACAAUAUUUCAGAAACUGAAUUCUUAGAUGUAAUUCUUGUACAUAUAUACUUAAAUAUUUUUGUAAAAAUUUUUGUUCUUGAUCUUUUUAGAAAUAUACUACACACGAUAAGCAUGCCAAGUAGAAAGUCUGAAUUGUUUUUUUUUCAUUCUAAUCUUCUACUUAAUGGAAAAUUGACUUUUUUAAAUGAAAACAGAAGACAUUGGAAUUGGAUCGAGGUAUUUACCAAAUUUCAAAUGUCUUUAGUGAUAAGUGAUAGUUUAACAGAAGUAUCAAACAAUCAAUGAAAAGAUAUACUGAAUAAAAGAAUAAAGUAGCAUUAUUUUUCUAUAUAUUCAGUUACAUUUCUGAGAUUCAUUAUAACAAUGUAAAUAUAUCCAUCCCGUUGCAUUAUUUAGUUUUAAGAAUAUCAGAGAUUUCAACUACAGAUAUCAGCAAUUUGUGUUUUCUAAAUUGAAAAAUAUUUCUACGUAGAAUAAUCUAAUUAAGUGAUAUAAUUUGAUGACUCAAAUUUAAUUUUGUGACAUCUCUUCAUAACUAUUAUGUUGAUAAUUUAAUUAUGAAAUUUUUUUGAAACUGGAGUAUGUAAUUAUUUAUAAAUAAUUUUAUACAUGUACUGUAUACGGCACAUUAAAAGACAUUAAGGAAAUUAUUAUCAUAAUUUAUUGAUGGAAUAAUUGAAACAUAAGUAGUGUCCAGCUUAUGAAAAAAUUAUUUCAAGUGAAGUUAUUUAUUAUGAUUUAUAGUAAAUUUAAUAUGAGAAGGCUUCAAAACUAUGUAUUUACUACGCUCAAUAAUGAACAUUAUUUAAGUUAAGUUAAAGCAUUGUUAUUUAAAUAUAAAAAAUUAAGUAAGUAUGAUAUGGAAU